ACACACAUAAAAAUACAAAAUAAAAAUAAAAUACAUAAAUAUAUUAGUUUAAUUUACGUUAUUUGAUGAGUUGGCUUUAGGAUACGAUUUUAUAUUAUUUUAUUAUUUUGACUUUUUUAUGAAAUGUAUAAAUAGGAGGACAUUUCCAAAGAAAUGUGACAAGUGAACAAUUAAUCUCCUUUCUUCUUUCGACCAUAACACAUUUUCUAAAAGCCACUUCUCUCUAAAUUAAGCAUAAAUUAGAGAGAGAAAAUCAAAAGAUGAGGAAUAAUCAAGCAAGAUUAAACACAGGAAAUGUGGUUCCUCUCUUUGGAUUAGGCACUUAUUCUUCUUCAUGUGAUAGUGAAACAACACAAGAAGCUAUUCAUAUGGCUCUUAAGAUGGGGUACAGACAUUUCGACACAGCAAAGAUAUACGGAUCCGAGCCAGCUCUAGGGAAGGCAUUAACAGAGGCGAUUAGUGACGGUGUGGUUGAUAGAGAAGACAUUUUCGUUACAUCUAAGCUUUGGUCAAGUGAUCACGACGAUCCAGUUUCUGCACUUCAUCAAUCUCUACGAAACCUGAAAAUGGAGUACGUGGACUUGUACUUGGUACAUUGGCCCAUAAGAUUCAAGUCAUGGGCCGAAUACCCGGUUCCCAAUGAAGAGGACUUUGAAGAGUUGGACAUGGAAUCCACUUGGGCCGGCAUGGAGAAAUGUCUUGAAUUGGGCCUUUGUAAAGCUAUUGGUGUUAGUAAUUUCUCCACCAAAAAACUUCAACAUCUUUUGGAUUUUGCUUCUGUAUGUCCUGCUGUUAAUCAGGUGGAAAUGCACCCAAUGUGGAGGCAAAACAAGAUGAGAAAAUUUUGUGGAGAGCAUAAGAUUCAUAUGAGUGCAUAUAUGCCCCUUGGUGGUCCUGGAAAUUUCUGGGGCUCGACGUCGGUUAUAAAAGACCCUAUCAUCCUCUCCAUUGCUAAAAAACACAAAGCAACCCCUGCUCAGGUUGCACUAAAAUGGGGAAUACAGAGGGGAACCAGUGUAAUUGUAAAGAGCUUUAACGAAGGCAGAAUGAGGGAAAACAUCGGUGCCCUCGAUCUCAAGUUGGACGAAAAUGAUAUGAUCAACAUUGAGAAAUUGGUAGAGAGAAAAAUACUGAGAGGAGACCAUCUUAUCAACAAAACUACUAGUCCGUACAGAACAAUCGAACAACUUUGGGAUUACGAGAUCUAACCUCGAAAAUAUUGUACUUGUAGGAAAAUAGUAGCUUCGUCAACACUUGCAUCAGUAGUG